AUGUAUUCCCUUCUCUCUACCGUCUUCCUUCUUUCUACCCCCAUUCAUGCCGCUAUUAAUGCGCGGGUCUGGACACAUUUCUAUCCCAACUGCCCAGGAGAUCCUUUUUCCAACCUCGACACAUACGAGAACUAUGAAGAAUCCGCGCCCUCUCAGGUCAUCACGACUGGCCAAUGCGCCAACAUCGGCGUCCCCUCUUACGAACACAACCUUGUUAGCGCCAUCUCCGUAGACGCGGAGAUUCUCUCAAAUAGACCUGGACACCCAUUCCAGAUGGGGAGCGGGUCAAAGUGUAAUAUUUCCGUCCACGAGGUCCCAGAAUGCAUCGACCCGCCUCUCAUCACUCAGGAACUCCACAACGGCGUUGCAGUGAGCCCAUGUGAGGCCCGCCGUUUCGCCGCCUACAGCGAGGUCUGGUUGCAGCUGGUCUGCGACAACGACAACGAGGAAUCGCUCGCUGAGCAAGCCGAGGAUAUCCCUCGCCUCGAGGACACCACAUCCGUCGACCAGGCUGACAACAUUCAGACGCCCGGGUCAAACUCGUUCUCAUGGUCCAAGGCCCAGACUGAGCACUCUGAGCGCGAGCCUGACCAGGAGGAUCGGGUUAACAAUGCUGGCCACGCAGAGAGCGAGCAGCUUGUCCACAAAAUAAUGGAGAUGAUCAAGACCAAGCACGCGACCCUCGUGUCUGGUAAGCACCCCAACUCGACGCACAAGCAUCACUUCAAUAUCACGGGCCAGGUCAAUGGCACUGCGAUUGCGAAUGGCACAGCGCCAGUCAACCGAACGGUCAUCUCGCGGCGCAAGUUAUCGGUACUGCGCAAUCGUCGUGCACGCCUGUAUUAA